AUGAGCCCCGAGCUGAAAGUCAAUGAUUACACUCCCAGUAGACCGGAAAACCUGCAGGUUUCAUUCCACACCAGGCGAGAUGACAGAGGACAGCUGCAUCCUGUACUGCUUGCUAACUGGACGAUCCAAGAUGAUGGCAGUAUCCGCUUUCUGAAGGCUACGGAGCUUCAUGUUCUGAAAAAGUCCAAUAAUGGGAAUGUGUGUAUUCGAUAUUCUUUAAAAAAUGUGCUUUCAAUGAGAAGUCCAUCAGGGGAAAAGUGGUCAUUUUCCUCUGACAUGCUGGUGUUGGACCCUGGUCAGAGCUAUAAGGUGUCCAUCUUCAACAUCCCCAAACCUGAGAUAUUGCACAGCGACUAUGAUGUCAGUGCAGAUGUCAUAAUCCCUGACUGUAACAAUCUCAACAUAAAGAAGACCCAGUAUUGUAUAGAGAUUGGAAGUCUGUGGCAGGCUAACUUGAGUAUGGCUCUUCAUACUGACAGUUCCCUGGCCAUCAACUUUAACCCAGACACACUGUCUGAGAAAUACUUGGUUAUUGCCAGGUGUGACUCUAUUUCAAAGAAUCGCCUGGUAUACAAGAUAAUACCAUAUUUCCCACAAUGUGAGAACGACUGUCCACGACGGAAAACAACCCAAAAUAUUUGCCGUGAUGUGUUAAAAGAGAAUAAAGAUCAAGAUCUUUCAUUUACGCUCUUUGCUGUUGGACUUGUCUUGGUGUGUACAGUAAUAGCAGUUUCUAUGUGUGUUUUCUGCAGAAAGCAAGAAAAACCUACUACUUCUCCAUUAGCUGGCAUAGACGGGAAACUACGGCAGCAGCCACUUAAACCACCUCCUAACGUACUGGUCAUCUACUCGCAGGACCACCCUCUUUACAGAGACAUAGUUCUAAAGCUCUGUGCCUUCCUCCAGGCCAAAUGUGGCACCAAUGUGCUCGUGGAUCUGCUGGACUCCACCUCAGUCAGUAUGGUGGGUCGCCUCCGUUGGCUAGAGUGGCAGCGUCAGCAAUUAAAAGACCCCUCUGACAAGAUCCUGGUGCUCUGCUCACGGGGUGUUCAGGCAAAGUGGAUGGCCAUGUGUGGACAAGGACAGGUGCGACUGAAGGAGGAUAUCCGUUCUCCAACAGAUGACAUCCUCAUUCCGUUCCUUAAUAUCUUUCUGCCAGACUUACACCAGGCAGGCAGGCUUGGGAAAUACAUGGUGGCUUACUUCGAAGAAAUUAGCACUGAAAAGGACGUCCCAUCCGUUUUUGACAUCACAGUCAAAUACAGCCUGAUGAAGAACUUUGAGGAACUAUUCUUCCGCAUCUUAGACCUUGAGAAGUAUCAGCCAGGUCAAGUCAACCACAUUGAGGGCAUCGGUGCAGAUGAAUAUUUCAAUUGUCCCUCAGGAAGAGCACUUAAGAAUGCCAUUGAAAAGUUCCGAGCCCAUCAGGUGGAAAAUCCUGACUGGUUUGAGAAGGAGUGCGAGCCCAAUGAAGAAGAGGUGGAGAUCGAAGCCGACCACCUCACUGACCAGCUUCAAAUCCCUCCGGUUUUAGAGUGUGUGCCUUUAAUCAGAGACGGAUCUCCCGUUUACAUCCAUGAUGUACAUGUCAACGAAAACUAUUACAGUGGCCACAUUAUGACGCCUGAACUGAACCCAGAGCACCAUCUGUCAUCGGUGGCAGAACGUCUACCUGUUGUGAACUCUGAUUAUAAACAUCAAUAUUUAUCAAGCAAUGAGAGGGUGCUGACAGAUCACUUGCUGUCACACAGCCAGGAACUAGAAUCUGUGUACAUUGUUGAGCCCGUCCUGAACAACCAGCCAUUUUACAGCCAGAGCAUCCUGCUCCCUAUGGAGAAUCCCUUGACUCAAAUACCCACUGAGGAUGAUGAAGAGGACUCCUUGCUUCCUAUGAGCCAUCAUACUGCACAUUCAGACCAAGCAUACUUAGCUCCACAGAACUCCCUGGACUCAAGCGCUUCGGAUUCCGUACAUCUAGUGACACAGAGCAAGCAUUUCCCUUCUCCUGAAAUGAGCCUUUUCCCGUCAGAAGGGCUGGAAGAAGAGCUAGAGGAAGAAGUGGAUCUGGAGCCAAUUGGAAACGUUGCAAGCCAGGGAUCCGAUCAAGGCUACAACUCCACAAUGUCUUCCCAGCAUGAAGCCUCUCAAGAGGAUCCAAAGGUUGCUUUAGCAAAAUUUCAGGAGUGGCUUUGUCAGCAGAAUUUUGGAUAUUUUGACAUAAAUCUUGAAGAGGAAUCACAUGAUAUCCAAGACUGA